CUCGCCGGCGGGUCUUUCCGUCCCGGGUCUGUCUCCGUGUCUCUGCCGUCCUCUUUCCAGCCGUCACCCCCUUUCUUCGCUUCUCGGGGCUCGUCUCGGUGUCCUCAAUCUGUUUUCUCUUUCUCCCCGUCUCUCUCCUCUCUGUCGCCGUCUCCCCAGCCUCGGUGCGGGUCACUCUCUGGGUCUUUGGCAUCUGAGACCUGAAGGCCUGUUCCCGCGCCCCAUGGAAGAGUGCCCCGCGCCCAGCUCUGACCCGAGACAGACCGAGGACCCGGGGUCUCGUGCAGAGGUCAUGGAAGAAGUGACAUCGUGCUCCUUCAACAGCCCUCUGUUCCAGCAGGAAGACAAGAAAGGGAUUACCUACCGGAUCCCCGCCCUGCUCUACGUGCCCCCCACCCACACCCUCCUGGCCUUUGCGGAGAAGCGCUCCACAAGCAGGGAUGAGGAUGCUCUCCACCUGGUGCUGAGGCGAGGGCUGAGGAUUGGGCACUCGGUACAGUGGGGACCCCUGAAGCCACUGAUGGAAGCCACGCUGCCUGGGCAUCGGACCAUGAACCCCUGUCCUGUGUGGGAGCGGAAGAGUGGUCGUGUGUUCCUGUUCUUCAUCUGUGUGCGGGACCAUGUCACCGAGCAUCAACAGAUCGUGUCGGGCAGGAACGCUGCCCGCCUCUGCUUCAUCUGCAGUCAGGACGCUGGGUGUUCGUGGGGUGAAUUGAGGGACUUGACCAAGGAGGUCAUUGGCCCAGAGAUGAAACACUGGGCCACGUUUGCUGUGGGCCCAGGUCACGGUGUCCAGCUGCAGUCGGGGAGGCUGGUCAUCCCUGCAUACACCUACUACAUCCCUUACUGGUUCUUUUGCUUGAGGCUACCAUGUAAAGCCAGGCCUCAUUCUCUGAUGAUCUACAGUGAUGACCUGGGGGUCACAUGGCACCACGGCAGGCUUAUUAGGCCCAUGGUGACAGUGGAGUGCCAAGUGGCAGAGGUGACUGGGAGGGCUGGCCACCCUGUGCUAUAUUGCAGUGCCCGGACACCAAACAGGCACCGGGCAGAGGCUCUCAGCACUGACUAUGGUGAAUGCUUUCAGAGACCAGCCCUGAGCCGACAGCUCCGUGAGCCCCCACAUGGCUGCCAAGGCAGUGUGGUGAGUUUCUGGCCCCUGGGGAUCCCACAUAGGUGCCAGGACCCUAGUGGCAAAGAUGCUUCCACCAUUCAGCAGAGCCUUCUGCCAGACAGUUCACUGAGGCUGGAGGAGGAAGCUGGAACACCCUCAGAAUCGUGGCUCUUGUACUCCCACCCAGUCAGUAAGAAACGGAGGGUUGACCUAGGUAUCUACCUCAACCAGACCCCCUUGGAGGCUGCCUGCUGGUCCCGCCCCUGGAUCUUGCACUGCGGGCCCUGUGGCUACUCUGAUCUGGCUGCUCUGGAGGAGGAGGGCUUGUUUGGGUGUUUGUUUGAAUGUGGGAUCAAGCGGGAGUGUGAGCAGAUUGCCUUCCGCCUGUUUACAGACCAAGAGAUCCUGAGCCACAUGCAGGAGGACUGCACCAGCCCUGGUAGGAAUCUGAGCCACUUCAAGACUAACUAAUGGGCUUAGGAACCAACCUUCUUCUGUAGGAGGAAAUGGCAACCACAGGCAGGAUAACAGAGGUUACUAGAGCCUACAGAGAAUCCCAAAACAAUAUUUUAUUGCCUACCUUUUUUCACUUCUGCCCCUCCAAAGAACAGCAUGACAAUUUUGCCAUAGCUACUGCAGUGGAAAGAGCACUGAACUGGGAGUCGGAAGAGCAGGAUAUGGUCCUGGCUCUGCCACUGGCUCGCUUUAGGACGUUGGACAUGUCACCUGAACUCUGGCCUCAGGUCUCCAUCUGUAAAAUGAGAGGACUGGUUCUGUGAUUUCUCAUCUUCCCAUCCCUAGGAGAGGCAGGGUACCUGCAUGCUCCAUGAUUUGCAAAUCCUGGCUGCUUAAAGGACUCUGAUCUCACAAUGGAAAUCAGAGAGGACUUAUCUUGUCAGAUGACUCGCCUGUCAUCCAAGUAUGAGGUUAUAAGCAGGUGUCAUGGCAGAAAGGAAGAUGUGGAUGGUUUGUUCCAUUUUUAAUAACAUUUUUAUCCUUUUAAUCAUGUUCAGAGCUCUGUAGGCUCUCUAUCCUAGACGAAUUGAGCAAAACAGUAGAAUCAUGAGGUCAUCUACUUUCUCCAGCUUUGUAGAUCUGCUCAACCUUCCUUUCCUCAUUCAGAAAGCAUCAUUUUCUUGGGAGAAAAAUGAGAAGCUCAAUGCCAGUGGCCCUUGAUAAUAGUGCUUAUUGGAUCUAAUGGCAUUACCCCAGUGAAAGAUGAGCUUGAAGUUCAUUUAUUAGGAUUGUCCCUGAUGUGAAAAGGACAUGGGUUAGGACUUUAAAACACUGGACAAAACUUCCCACAGUCUCUACCCUCAAGGAGCUCACGGUUUAUGGGGCUAGAAGAGGGAAAAAAUUCAAGAAAAUAAAUGCAGCUGAUGAGAUAGUUUGUAGAUAUUGGGCUACAAGUUGGGGCGAUGAGAGCUCCUGAUGUCAUUGUCUUAGUUGCAUCUUCAGCGCGCCUGGAGUCAUCUGUCCAAGGGCUUGUCCAGGCUGCUGGGUUUCCCUCAAGUUUGUUCUCAGAUUGUCCUGGCACAGCUGCUCCUUUACGUGUGGACAAGGUCUUCACUGCUAGGUCUGGACCCCCGGACCUCUGCAUCAGGCCCAUUUGUUUGGACCCACUGGAAUCACUAGUUGUGAAGUCGGGAUGCCUUUUUGUCUAAUAGUUUUGGUGGUGAACUUAGCCAGUGCUGAGUCUCUCAGGUGAUACCAGAUUAGUUGUUCCUAUCCCACAGCCUGUUACUGUGGCAGAAAUUCUAUCAUGAGAGAUUUAUUUUUGUCCCUGUUUUAGGAGAAUAAUGCCUUAAAGUGGUAUCAACUAAAUAUAUUUGGUGCUGGGUAAUGACCACAGUGAGCAAGUCUUAGUCACAGAAUAGACCCUAGGAGGCUGUGGGUUGCAGUUGUACCAGUUGGGUGGAGGAGGGUCCUACAGGUUGAAAGUAGAGAGGUUAACUUUGCCUACUUUAGCAUAUUGCUUAAGGUCAUGGCUUAGUGUCUUUAAAAAGUUCCUUUAGCCUCUCAUACAUUUGCCAAACUAAUCUUCCUAAUACACAGUUACGAUCAUUCAUUCACUCAUGUAUACAUUUAUCUAAAUAUUUCUUGAGUGUAUAAUGCAAGGUACUUCCUGUUGCCAUUCCUUGGUUCAGAGUCAUCUGUGGCUCCCCACUGCCUACUGAAGGACAUUUAGCCUGACAUGCAGGACCUUCCAGUUGUUGGAUGAAGUAAUGUAUGACUGCUUCCCUCUACUUCCUUAUAUGAAGCCCAGUGUCAGGGAAGAGCUCCGACAGAUCGGCAAGUGGAGGGCGGUGGGUGUCUAGGGGUGGGCAGGUUUGGUGGUGCAGGGGGGAACUGGGGAAGGGGAGAGGAUUAAAAAGGCAGCCCCCUCCUGAGUGGUAGAAACUCCUUGUUCAGCAGAGCUUUCCUGAGUACUAUCUGCAAGUGAAUAGGAAUAAGAAGGAUGGCUAAGUCCUGUAAUCAGGGCUCAAGGAUGCAGAGAAGGAGAAUAUCGAGAUUUCUUUAGGACUAUCCAAGAAGGGAGUCAAGGCAGGGACCUUGGUCCCAUGCCAGUUGGACCAGAGAUGUCUACUACCAGUGCUCACAAGAGGCCCAUCUCUAAAUUGGCCUCCUCUUACUCCUUCUCCUUGCCUCAUAUUUGCUGCUUCUUAAUGACUGGCACUGAAACUCUUAAUUGGGAAAGAGCCUAUGUGCUUAUUGCAGGAAUAGUAAGAAAAGAGGGCUGGGGACAGGGGAAAUCCAGAAUGAGGACUCAAGAGCUGAACAGUGGGUGAUGGCAUCUGUGAAGAAAAAGAA